UUCUGGGAGCAAGACCAGAGGGGAACGAACAAUCUACCUGUACUCGAUGGAUUAUGAACAUCUCGUCUCCAUGAUCACGGGGUACGCGUCGGUAGGCCAGCUGCACUUUUCUCUUCUGCGGAAAGUUUUGAUUCAUGUGUUCCAGAAAUGGCUUCCGAUGGAGCCUCCAUUUUGUUGUCAUCUGAGGCUGAGGCAUAUGUAGAAUCACUAGAAGUCAUUCCAAUUAAAGAUAUAGGCAGUCCACGAUGGACAAAACAACAUGAGUAUGUUGAGAAGCUCAAUAUGCAGGCAGUGCUUCACGCCGCGGCCAAUGAAGAUGAAUACAUCAAAGAGUUGCUGAUUCAACAUGACAAGAUCCCUGUUCUGAUCAGUGAUCUGAUGUGCACUGAGGUGUGGCAACAGAAGGUCUUCUCCAUCAUCAAGAGAAUGGACUUUGAGCCCCGCACCACCGUCCCGCUCUACAUGAGUCUCUACCAUGAAGCCACGCUGGUGAACCUGCUGGAGACGAUACUCUAUCACAAGGAGCCGUGUGAGGCAGCUGGAGACUGUAUCUUGGACAUCGUUGAUUACUGCUACAGGAAGAUCACCUACCUUAUUGCAAGACAGGAAUCUGGAGAAGAUGAAGAUGAGGAUGAGGAGGCCACGCCCACCAAGGCAUCAAGCCUUGAAGAGGAAAGAGGAAUGGAGGAGUUGAAGAAACAGGAGAGAAAGUUACAGUUUGAUGUCAGCAUCAAGGCCGUGUCCAUUCUCAGAUUCAUCACUGAUCACAUUUCAGACAUGUCACUGAGUGUCACAAGCAGAAUCCUCAACACCAGUGACUUCCCCUGUUUGCUGGUACAACUCAUGGAAAAUCCUCCGUGGACAAAAUACAGAAAUGGGGUGCUGAAGAAGUUCAUCGACGGCAAGUGGCACACGGUACCGCCCAGCGAUAGGAUGAGACUAACCAAGCUUGAGGGUCAGGUCUGGAUCGCUCUCUUCAACCUCCUGCUAGGACCGUCUUGCCAGGAGAAGUACGAGUUCAACAGCCACAACAAAGCACAGAUACUCAAGUUGAGAGCGCAUCUCUCUGAGGUCAUCUUGGACCAGAUCCCAAGCCUGUGCGACCUCCAGCGCUACCUGAGCCACCUCUCCAUGAUGGACCCGCCUUCUUCCAAGACAGGGCUGGUUCUGGAACAGGUCCCUGAGAUACGAGAUGGCAUCCUGAGAGCCAACGAGGGCAAAUGGUCCGCCAUCGCCAAGCACCAAGUCAAGACUGUCUUCAAUCCUUCCGCAGCAGCCAUGCGGGAACAGGCCAGAAGGUUUGCUGAGACUUACCGUCUGGACGCACUGGAGACUCUCAUCACAGAGCCUCCCAAGUGUGCAGUGUGUGGACAGCCUGCCACCAAACGCUGCUCACGCUGCCAGAAUGAAUGGUACUGCAGAAGAGAGUGUCAGGUACAGCACUGGUCCAAACACAAGCAAGCGUGUGCACUCAUAGCUGAGUCGCAGCAAGCCAUCAAGACAAACGGCAAGACGUAGCGGGGAGGCUGACCCCAUAGAAGGAAAAGGAAAAAACGACCAAUCACACCGUCCAGACUUGACAACAUGUUAACUCCCUGUACCUCCCAAAAACUGUCUUAGCACUAAAAUCCUGCGAACUGUUGUGAGGAGGGACAUAGUAACAAGUCUAAUGUUGCUUGCUGAAGUAGCAGAAUGUCGACUGACAUAUCGACCUGUUAGUUCUGUACUGCCUAGAAUUCCGCAUGUUACUCCCUGAACCGCCAAUUGCUGCCUUAGCGCGUAAUGGUUUUUAUGUACAGUCGAGUCUCGUUAUAACAAACUUGUUCGGACCUAGCCAAAUUGUUUGUUAUAUCAGAAUUUUGUAUUAAGAGGAACAUCAGU